CCAAGUCUUCACCAUAAGCAUCUGUAUUAGGCUGCCUUUGCGAUUGCGAUUGGAACAUGAAAGAUGGAACAAAAAUGCAAAAUCGGUGGUAACAAUCGGAGAAAUCAAAACCUUGUAAAUGAGGACAGAAUCAGCGAAUUGCCUGAAGUUUUGCUUCUGCAGAUACUAUCUUCACUUGCAACAAAAAAUGUCAUAGCCACGAGUGUUUUGUCUAAACGUUGGAGGUCUCUUUGGAAGAUGGUGCCAAGGCUCAAGUUUGAUUCUGAAGAUCAUCAUACAUUUUCAGGGAAUGUUUACAGGUCUCUUAUCUCACACAAAUCUCCGUUUUUGGAGAGUUUGCAUCUAACAAUCAGUGAUGAAUCUGAUGCUUCCGAUAUUGGAAUAUGGAUUGGGAUUGCAUUUGCUCGCCAUGUGCGUAGAUUGGUACUUGAUAUUGACUUAGAGGUCACGUUUCCAAGUCUUUUAUGUAGCUGGAAUGAUAUACUCGAGAUCUUGAAACUCAAGGAUUGCAUUCUUGUAGACUUUCCUACUCGGGUUUGUUUUCUUUCUCUUAGGAAGCUGCACCUCUACUAUAUGCAAUUCAGAGACGAAGCAUCUGUUUGCAACCUUUUCAGUGGCUGCCCUGUUCUUGAAGAUUUGGUCGUGAAUCGAACAACCAAUCUCGAUGUGGAGACUUUCACUAUUGCGGUGCCAUCGUUACAGAUGCUAACCAUAUAUGAUGACCAAGCAGUAGAAGGGCAAGGAGGGUAUGUGAUAAAUACACCUUCUUUGAAGUACUUGAACAUUGAUGGGUCAGGGUUCGCUGGUCUUGAGUUUCUUCUGAUUGAGAAUGCGCCAGAGUUGGUGGAGGCAAAAAUCAAAGACGUUUCUGAUCUAGUCAAUGAGAACAUUCUCGAAUCCAUAACUUCAGCCAAACGUCUUUGCUUACACAUAUCACCCUUAAAGAUUAAGCAUCCUACUGGUAAAAUCUUCUAUCAGCUUCUAUCUUUGGAACUGGAACUGAUGAGUAGAAAUGAAAAAGAGUGGUGGAGUCUACUUUUGCACAUGCUUGAUGCUUCUCCUAAAUAACAAGUCCUCAAGCUAAUUUCAUGGUGGUAUGGUUUUAAAGAUUGCCACAAGUGGAAUCAACCGAAAUGUGUACCGGAAUGUUUGUUGUAUCAUCUUGAGACAUUUGUGUGGACAAGAUACCAAUGGCAACGAGAAGCUGACAAAGAAGUGGCUACAUAAAUCCUUAAGAACGCAAGACGGCUGAAGAAAGCAACUCUUUCCACAGAUUUCAUCGAAUGCAAAAAGCUUGAGAAGCUGGAAAAGAGACGUGAGAUGCUCAAUGAGUUGGCUAGUGUGGUCAAGGCUUCAAAUUCAUGUCACCUCGUGUUAGAAUCUGAUACCUACUCUGAUGAUGAGGAUGAUUCCAGUUAGGAUUUCUAUUUUCUAAAUUUAGAAAACUGUUUAGAGAAGAGAUGCAUUUAAUAAAAAACCUAU